CCGGCUGCCGGCACGCCGGGGCUGUCUGAAGUGGCGGGGCCGAUCGACGCCAGAGACAGCCGCCACCGCCCCCGCCGCCCGAGGUGAGGCGUCCCCGGCCCGACGGGGCGGGCGGGCAGCGGCCGGGACCCGAGCCGCAGGGGACCUCGGUCAACCCUGGCAGGCUGAUUCGCCUUGGCGGAAAAACAGGAAAAGCACAUCCGCAGGAGACUGCUAUUGUAGAGAGCGCUAAACUUGAAGAACUCUGUCUGGGUCUUAGGGAAUCCACUUGUCCUCAUGUUUCCCAUGUGGUGAGAUGACCAAGGGGCCCCUAAGUCCCCUUUCUUCCAACCACCGCACCCCUUUCCCAGUCCAACUUGUUUAUGCCAUGCCUCUCUUAACCAGUGUUUCAGACCCUCUAAACCUUCAUCAGCAGUUCCCUAGAAUUGAGGCUUCCUUAGCAAAAUGAUACAUUCCGCACUCGGGCGGGUGGAAGUGUCUCUCUAGGAUGGAAUUUUCCACAGUUUUUUUCCCCCCAGCACCAGUUACCCAGCAUGAAAUUUGACUUGGAUUUGAUUUUGUGACAAAUGUUGCAGAUGACACACUUUGGGUUUGUUUUUACAGCAGUUGUCCCAGAACUCAUUUUCAGGAAACGGCUUCUUUCAAAAUGGUAAAAAUAAUGAAAUGAGGAAUUUGUCCAUUUUAUCUCCAAUUUGAGAAUCUUUUGAUGCGGAAAGGAGCAUAAGAGUAAUCCAAGCCAUGUGGUAAUCGGAGUCUGGGGAAGAUGGAAGCGUCCCCGUUUCUGUCGGCCUGCAUUCUUCUGCCCCUCAUAAGAGGGCACAGCCUUUUCACCUGUGAGCCAAUCACUGUUCCCAGAUGUAUGAAAAUGGCCUACAACAUGACGUUUUUCCCUAACCUGAUGGGUCAUUAUGACCAGGGCAUUGCUGCUGUGGAAAUGGAGCACUUUCUGCCUCUUGCAAAUCUGGAAUGUUCACCAAACAUUGAAAUGUUUCUUUGCCAAGCUUUUGUACCAACCUGCACAGAGCAAAUUGAUGUGGUUUCACCUUGUCGGAAAUUGUGUGAGAAAAUACUUUCUGAUUGCCAAAAGUUAAUGGACACUUUUGGGAUCCGAUGGCCUGAAGAACUUGAAUGUCACAGAUUGCCGUACUGUGAUGGCGCUGUUCCUGUUACUUCUGAUCCACACACAGAGCUUUUUGGUCCACAGAAGAAAACAGAUCAAGUCCCAAGGGACAUUGGAUUUUGGUGUCCAAAGCACCUUAGGACUUCCGGGGACCAAGGCUAUAGGUUUCUGGGAAUUGACCAGUGUGCCCCUCCGUGUCCUAACAUGUACUUUAAAAGUGAUGAACUAGACUUUGCCAAAAGUUUCAUAGGAAUAGUUUCAAUAUUUUGUCUUUGUGCAACUUUGUUCACGUUUCUUACUUUUUUAAUUGACGUCAGAAGAUUCAGGUACCCAGAGAGACCAAUUAUAUACUACUCCGUCUGUUACAGCAUCGUCUCUCUCAUGUACUUUGUUGGGUUUUUGCUGGGCAAUAGCACAGCUUGUAAUAAGGCAGAUGAGAAGCUGGAACUCGGGAACACAGUCGUUCUAGGGUCAAAGAAUAAGGCUUGCAGCGUGGUGUUUAUGUUUCUGUACUUUUUCACAAUGGCCGGCACCGUGUGGUGGGUGAUCCUCACCAUUACGUGGUUCUUAGCCGCCGGAAGAAAAUGGAGUUGCGAAGCUAUUGAACAAAAAGCAGUGUGGUUUCACGCCGUUGCCUGGGGGAUGCCCGGGUUCCUGACUGUCAUGCUGCUCGCUAUGAACAAGGUUGAAGGAGACAACAUUAGCGGCGUUUGCUUCGUUGGCCUGUAUGACUUAGAUGCCUCCCGCUACUUCGUCCUUCUGCCUCUGUGCCUCUGUGUGUUUGUUGGGCUGUCUCUCCUCUUAGCUGGCAUCAUUUCCUUAAAUCACGUUCGACAAGUUAUACAACAUGAUGGCCGAAACCAAGAGAAGCUCAAGAAGUUCAUGAUCCGCAUUGGAGUCUUCAGUGGCCUGUAUCUUGUGCCCUUAGUGACGCUUCUUGGCUGCUAUGUCUAUGAGCUAGUGAACAGGGUCACCUGGGAGAUGACGUGGUUCUCUGAUCACUGUCACCAGUACCGCAUCCCGUGUCCUUACCAGGCAAACCCAAAAGCUCGACCAGAAUUGGCUUUAUUUAUGAUAAAAUAUCUGAUGACAUUAAUUGUUGGUAUCUCUGCGGUCUUCUGGGUUGGAAGCAAAAAGACGUGCACAGAAUGGGCCGGGUUCUGUAAGCGAAACCGCAAGCGCGACCCCAUCAGUGAGAGCCGAAGAGUGCUGCAAGAGUCCUGUGAGUUCUUCCUGAAGCACAAUUCCAAAGUGAGGCACAAGAAGAAGCAUGGCAAACCAGGCUCACAUAAACUGAAGGUCAUUUCCAAGUCCAUGGGAACUAGCACGGGCGUGACCACAGACCAUGGCACCUCUGCCGUAGCAAUUGCCGACCAUGAUUACUUAGGGCAGGAAACUUCAGCAGAAGUCCAGACCUCCCCAGAAGCAUCCCUGAAAGAGGGGAGAGCAGACCGAGCAAACACGCCCAGAGCCAAAGGUCCAGACUGUGGAGAACCUGCUUCCACAGCAGCGUCCAACUCCAAGUUCUCUGGGGACCAGAUCGACAGGAAAAGCCGAGCAGGCAGCGUGAAGGAGAAAAGCAGCGUAUCGGAAGGGGCUCCAAGUGAAGGAAGGGUAAGUCCAAAGGGCGUUCCUGGGACUGGCCUGAUGGAGUGCACUUUACAGAUCCCCAGCUCUCCAGAACCAAACAGCCUCAAAGGUUCCACAUCUCUGCUUGUUCGCUCAGCUUCCGGAACUAGGAAAGAGCAGGGUGCUGGCGGCCAUUCUGAUACUUGAAGAAAACUGUCUCUACCCCGGGAGCUGUACACUACACUGGAGACGACCUUGUCUUAUAAAAGAACACUGUGGAGCUGGGAGUUGCCCAGUGGCAGAGUGCUCACCUGGGAUACUUGAGGACCUGGGUUUACCUCUCAGCACAGCAGAAAGAGAGUUCACUGUUGCCGUCUUCCAUGCACUUAAGCCAGCUUUGUCUACUGGUUUUUUUGGCUUGGCUUUUAUUUUUGUUGCUUUUAUUUUUGUUGUUGUUGUUGUUCGUUUGUUUGUUUGUUUGUUUGAUUCAGGGUUUCUUUGUGAGCCCUGGCUGUCCUGGAACUCCCUCUGUAGACCAGGCUAGCCUCAAAGUUCCAGAGAUUCGCCUGCCUCUGCCUCCCGGGUGCUGGGAAUAAUGGUGUGGCUACCACCGCCCAGCCUUUUGUCUACUGUUAAACUGGAAAGAAACAACAGCCCAGAUUUCAAAAAUAAUAUAAUGCAUUUAUACCUAAAAAAAAGGAAUGUCCAGGUUAAUAAUAUUUUUUAAAUGUGGGGGUAGGAAGGGCAUUAGAAAUUUCCUUCUGUUUAUGAAGAUUCUUUCAUUAAAGUAUUUAAGAUAUUUUAUGCUGUUUCACUCUUUUUUUUUUUUUUUUUUUUUGGUUCGUUUUUUUCGGAGCUGGAGACCGAACCCAGGGCCUUGCGCUUCCUAGGUAAGCGCUCUACCACUGAGCUAAAGCCCCAGCCCCUUGUUUCACUCUUUUGAUAUAAAUUCAGGAUUUUUCUUUGCUGAAGUAUUUAAAACUUAUCAUUGAACCUUUAUAUGUAGAUACAUAAGUAUUUGAACUUUUUUGAAAAUCCUAGAAAAUUGAAUCAAAUAUGUUUAUGAUGUUUUUAAUAUUUUGGCUACUUUGCAACUAUGGUAGCUGUUACACUGGAUUCUAAGGAGCUUACGCAGCAGCCUCUCUCCAGUAACGGAGUAGGUGUCACACUGAAAGGUUUGUAAGAAGCGCUCAGCUCUCAGAGCCGCUCUUGCCUUCCCUGGACUGAGGAACUUGCUGACAGUCUCUCCCAAGUGUAUGGUCCCUUUCCUCCUGCGUGUUCGCAAAUUAGCAGGUGAGAUGUUAGUUCUUUACAAAUUAGGCCACUCUGUUUAUUUCCUUUUUGUUUUAAGUGUUUCAUGACCACUCAAGAUUGAAUUAUGGCCAUUUUUAAUGGCUCGUGCCUGUUUUAUUUUAUCUUACUCUUCUAUUUUCUGAGACAGGGUCUCACUGUCGCUCUCCUUGGCUGUCUGGUGCUCAGUGAGACUUCGCACAUCACAGAGGUCCACCCUCUGCAGUUCACUCAUCUCCCAAGUGCUGGGGUUAAAGGCUUGAACCACCACACUCAGCUUUUAUCUUUUUUAAAAAAUUUAAACUUAAAAAAUGUUUUUAGAAUGCUACAGACACAUUGUGUUGUAUCUUUCUUAGACAGUUUACAAAAUUCCUAUCUGCAGCUAAACCUGAUAAAGAAAAUGUGCUGAGGACAGAGUGGGGCAGGGAGAGUGUAGUGUAGCAAAUACAGUGUGAAAAGACACUUAAAGUGCUAAGAGAGUUUCUUAAUGUUGUUUCUCCCCAAGUAUUAUCUCUGCAGCAAGGUUCUCUUGGCUACCUUGAGCCUGUUGGACCCCUGUUAAAGUUUAAAAUGAAAGUUAUCAUGUACUGUAUGGAAAAUGUAAAUACUAACUUUUCCACAAAUGUAAACUUUGGACACAAGAACUUUUUUGUGUGAUCUUUUCAUCAAUAAAAUUUUCUUUGUAUAAAAA